GCCUGAACAGUUGGUCGUAUUAGUACAGUAGUAUCGUUGAGGAACGUCAAAAGGGCUUGAUAAACUCCUGGAUUAACGCCCUCUACUAAUCUCCUCGAUUUAUUAUGUGGAACGUGUCUCCUCGUAUCGCAUGCUCAAAGAGCUCGAAUGUCACCUCUUCCUCUCAACCAAGUACAAGCGCAGCGGCAGCCGGUGGCGGUGGGAGUGGUCCCACAUGUGGGUUGUACGUAGUCUACGUCACCCUCAAGAUGGUGGAAUUGGCAAUGCCGGAGGGAAGGCAGGGGUUACCCAAGCUCGUCGGCACCAAACAGGUACUAUGUAUCCUUCUGCUUUCCGUGUUGUAA